AUGUGCAAUACCUCACCUUACACUUGGAAACCACACAGCUAUCAACCCGUUGACCCACCACCACCUGCACCAGUGCCAAUGUUCUUCGCCAUGCCUAUCUUGAUCGCUACUCCCUGCCUUGCUGUGCCUGUCAAAGAUGUGCCUCUCAAGGGCAUGACAGUCGCUGGUUCAGAAACUGCAGCAAAGGGCAAGGAGAUGAUUGUCACAAAGACUUGCACUACAGUCAAAGGUUCUUCUUCCAAGACUGUGACCAAGACACCUGCCAAAGCUCCUUCAAAGGCACCCAGCAAAGCUUCAUCCAAACCUCCUUCAAAGGCUCCAUCCAAAGCCUCUUCAAAGCCUCCAUCAAAGGCUCCCUCAAAAGCCCCUUUAUCAGCCAAACCCCCCUCCAAGCCCCCAUCAUCUGCGGCUGCAAAAUCAACCACAUCCAAGAAAUCCACAAUCGUCACAGCCACAAAGUCCACCGCCGCCGUGGUCUCCAAGACCGUUGUCUCGGUCAGCACAAAGGUGUCUUCCACCUCACCCUCCGCAGCUCCCUCCGCACCUGCCUCCGACAAAACGACAGCAUCCCAGAAAGCAGCACGUGUCAAGGCCAUCACAGCACCUUCCCCUCCCCUCCCCGGUAUGAAGUACAUCUAUCCCAAGUAUAACACCUGCAUCCACAUCAUCCUACGCUGCAAAGUCUGGGAGAGCUGCGACAAGGACUUUACUUGCAAGACCUUUUUGGUGCCUACCAUUCUCUCCAUCAAUGAGUUGAUUGAGCAGUUGAUUGGUAGAGAAGGAGAAGUUUGCAACGGAUGGGCGUUGACAGAGGUCAUGGAGAAGGGAGAUGGCGGCUUUGAGAAGGGAACGAGUGUGGAGUUUGGAGGGGACAAGGCGGGAGGAACGUUGAGGGCUGUGGGUUGGAGUGAGAAGAAUGGGGGUGAGAGACCGCCGGUUUGGGUUGUGUUGCAUCAGGGUUGA